AUGUCUGCUCUAACAUCAGAUUCAUGGGUCUUGGAAGGCCAAAAGGGGUUUAGUAGCCUAAAGCUAGUGAAGGACCGUCCAGUCCCUGACCUAGGAGAUUUUGACGUCCUCGUUAAGCUUUACGCAGCAUCUCUGAAUUACCGGGAUCUGGUCAUCGCCAAAGGAUCCAUUCCCCUCCCGGGCUUCACACCUGGUGUAGUCCCCUGCUCAGACGGCGCAGGAAUAAUCGAAGCAGUCGGCUCGAGAGUGAGAAGUUUCAAAGCAGGCGACAAAGUCUGCACACAUCUCGUCUCACGGCUCCCGGCAUCCGAAGUCCCAAGCUUCUCCGAUAUCAACUCGGGAUUGGGACAGCAUAUCGAUGGAACAUUGCGUUCACGUGGCGUAUUCCAUGAAUCUGCUUUGGUGUCUAUGCCACCUGCCCUCAGUUUCACCGAGGCAAGUACUUUGUCCUGUUCUGGGUUGACAGCGUGGAAUGCCCUCUUCGGGAUCGCUGGACAUGCCCCUAAAGAGGGCAGCUCUGUUCUUGUGCAGGGGUCAGGGGGGUGUCGAUUGCUGCAUUGCAGGUAUGAUGAACAAUUCGCCGUGGCCGUCGGCGCAACAGUAAUUGCAACGACAAGCUCAGAUGCCAAGGCAGGUCGUCUCAAAUCUCUCGGUACUCACCAUGUUAUCAAUUACCGCACCGAUUUGGCAUGGGGCGAAACAGCGAAGAGGCUCACGCCGAAUGGAAGGGGCGUUGAUAUCGUCGUUGAUGUUGGCGGUCUGUCCACGCUUCCUCAGUCGUUCAAGGCUGUUAAAUCGAAUGGAGUCAUUGCACUGACUGGAAUGCUUGGUCAGUCUGAGGAUCAAGCUGCCGUUCCUUCUUUGAUUGAUUGUAUGUUGAAUGUCUGUAUUGCUAGGGGGCUUUUGCUGGGGACGCGGGAUCAGUUUGUAGAGAUGAAUCGAUUUGUUGCGGAGAACGGGGUCAAGCCUAUUGUUGAUGAGAAGGUCUUUGGAUUUGGGGAUGCUAAGGACGCUUUUCGAUAUUUGGAAAGUCAGAAGCAUUUCUCCAAGGUGUGUAUACAGUGGGAGUGA